ACUUAUACAGCAUCAAAAGAACUUCACCUGCUCGACACGCCAGUCAAGAUGCCUUCUACGCUCAGCAAGACCCGAAAGCAAAUCUCCAAGAAGAGGAAUGGGGUUGUUAAUGCUCUUCACGAAAAGUCGAGAGACUCUCUGCGCCUUCACAAGGCUGGUGUGAGAGAUCAGCGCAUUGAGAAGUUGGCUGCCGCGAGGAGCAGAAAGGAGCAGCCACUCGUUGAACGUGUUGCCUUUUUCCAGCAGGCCCUGCGUGUUAAGGAGAACAAGGGAGUUCCUGAACUAGAAGAGAUUCAGCGCAUGAUUCACUCAUAUGUUCAUCAGCAUGAUGAGGAAUACAACGCUGUCAAGAAGACUCGUCGCCCUGGCCGACCUGCCAGUGCCAGGGAGGACCUUCUCAAGGCCAAGAUUUCCACUCUCGAGGACGAGUACAAGGGCGGAUUCGUGCUACCCGAUCUUCUAGAUGCCGACACUGUCAACUCCCUCCAUCUUUGGGAGGGCUCUUGGUCGUAUCUCCCCCAGUUGAAAUGGGCCAAGGUCAACAAGGAAGGACAGGUUCGCCCGACCGCCUUUCCUACUGGCAGCACCAACUGA